AUGAGAGAUGAUUUCCUCAACAAAUUUCUCUAUGAUGCUGCAGGAAAUCUAGAGAUUGAGAUGGAAUCUCUUAGGAGAUAUGUGGUAGAGGGUGAUGAACAACAUGUGUCUGGAGAGUUGAGCAGAGUAGAGGAAGCUGAUACUGAAGAAUCGACCUCAAUGUUUACCGACGGCAUAACUUCAAAGUCUACCAACGGUAGGGCUUCGAUGUCUACUGAUGGCAGGACUUCAACAUCUACAGACGGCAUGACUUCAACGUCUACCGACGACACGACUUCAACGUCGCCAGACGGUGCGACCUCAACGUUGACUGACGCUACGACUUUAACGUCGAUCGAUGGUACAGCCUCAACGUUGACCAACGACACUACGUCAACGUCGAUCACCGGUACGAACUCAGAAUUGAUCGACAGCAGCUCAGCAGCGAUCGACAGAGACUUUUGUCAUCGAUCGAUACCGCUCGAUAUCUCUGAAAAAUCGAGUUGUCCUCAGGAUAUUGCAGACUCGACACUGAAGAGCAUUGAUAUAUCAAGUUGUUAUCCUGACCCAGAUGUAGGCAGCGAAAUCACCAUGGAAUAUUUCUUGGAGCUAGAAGAGUUCUUGGAGUUGGAGGAUGAAGAAAAGGCUGAAGACUUGUAUUCCGGUGGAGAAGUCACUAUGGAUGACUUCUUAGUGCUAGAGGAAUGA